AAAACUAAAAAAUCCUCAGUUGAUUUAAACAAAAAUGUCAAAUUUUCAAGUGACCAUUUCGUAAAUCGGAAAAUCAAAAUAGUAAAUACCAAAGACUAUAGUUUUAACGGCAGAUAGUAGUAGCAAAUUGCCAAUGAGUCCAAUAGCAAUUUGGCGGUUACUGUAUGGGGGCAUACGGUGCAGCCGCAAGCUCAUUAAUAAAUCUCGAGCACUCACAAGUAGCUUGUGGCAGAAUAUGGUCAGCAGCCAGGCAUCGACACAAACACACCCGCAAACAUCGGUAGAGGAGGGAAGCAAGUGGACAGGUGAACUGGCGUCUAAUGUCUGCUUCAAUAUAUACACCAGCCAUGUCGAUCGCCCACAAUUGUCAAAGGCUUAUGUUGCUCAUCGAUGCUACUCAACUUGUGAGAAGGCCUCAACACAAAUAUUGUCUAAGCUUUUCCCCCAGACAUCAAUGGAGCUUGAUGAUGAGGAAAGUCGGGAGCGGCGCAAACGCGAAGAGCAGGAGGAGCUCAAGGAAAUGGAACGAGCCUGGAAGCGUAUGAAAAUUGGGUUUGGCCUCUUUGGCGUAGGAGGCAUACUCUUCUCGUUCUGGGCUAUUUACUACUUUGGUAAACCAGCACUCGAUGAGCAGGGCAACGAGAUUGUCGACGAAUUUAGCUCAUUGCCAUUGGUGCAGCAGUAUAUUGCACGUACAUUUAAGUCAUUGAAUCACUUUCAACGAUUUAUACAGGAGCCAUCGAGCGACAAGUUGCUGCCUGAUCCCUUGCAAGCUCCCUAUAUCCAGCCACCGUACACUUUAGUGCUGGAGGUCAAGGAUUUGCUUAUUCACCCAGAUUGGACUUAUAAAACGGGCUGGCGCUUUAAGAAACGCCCCGGCGUGGAUGUUUUCUUAAGGGAGUGCUCUAAGUAUUUUGAGAUUGUCAUAUACACUGCUGAGCAAGGCAUGACAGUCUUUCCGCUGCUCGAUGCUCUCGAUCCAAGCGGCUACAUUAUGUACCGGCUUGUACGCGACUCCACACAUUUUGUGGGUGGUCAUCAUGUCAAGAACUUGGAUAAUCUGAACCGAGACCUUAAGCGUGUGGUCGUUGUUGACUGGGAUAAGAACUCAACCAAAAUGCAUCCUGGCAAUACAUUCUCCAUACCACGUUGGUCUGGCAAUGAUGAUGACACCACUCUGUUCGAUCUUAUCUCGUUUUUAAGCGUGCUCGGCAGCAGUGAAGUGGACGAUGUGCGUGAAGUGCUACAAUAUUAUAAUCAGUUUAAAGAACCAAUUACCCAGUUCAGGGAGAAUCAGCGCAAGCUCUCUGAGCAGAUGCAAGCAGAUGAACUUGAAAAAAAUAGUAAGCAGACACCAAUAGUGAAGAACUGGUCGCGCGGUCUCAUGAAGCGAUAAAGACGCAUAAUUAAGAGCGAAUAGUUUGUGAGAAAAGGAGGAAAGACCUUAAGGUUGUUAUCGUUGUCGUUCCCUUUACAUUGGUUGUUCUGAUUUGACAAAUCUGUCUCAAUAUAUUAAUAUUCAUAUAUGUA